GCCGCGGCGAGUGCUUCGUCACCAAGGGAAAGCAAGAAGAGUACUCGUAGCCUUGCCCGCCGCAUAAAACCAACGCCACGCAGCAAACGAGCAGGAGAGGCCUCCAAUCGAAUUCGGGAAAAAUACCAAAAUCGCACCGCAACAAAUCCCCAUCCCCUCGCGCGGCCCGGGCACCAACCCUCACUCGCCACUCCAAUCUCGCCACCGCCGUCGUCCUCGCGGCCAUGACGGCAGAGGCGCUCUCGCCGCCGCCGGAGCCGCGGCAGCUGACGCUGGCGGACCUCAGGGCGGUGUCCGUCCUCGGCCGCGGCGCCAAGGGCGUCGUGUUCCACGUCGUGCCCGGGGAGGGCGGCGACGAGGACAGCGGUGGCACCGCCAUGGCGCUCAAGGCGGUGUCGCGCGAGGCGGCGCGCCACAAGAAGGCCGGCAGCGGCGGCGGGGACGGGCACCGCCGGAUCUGGUUCGAGCGCGACGUGCUCCUCGCCCUGCGCCACCCGCUCCUCCCCGCCCUCCGCGGCGUCCUCGCCACCGACGCCGUCGUCGGCUUCGCCAUCGACCGCUGCGGCGGCGGCGACCUCAACUCCCUCCGACGGCGCCAGACCGAGAAGAUGUUCUCCGAUUCCGUCAUACGGUUCUACGCGGCGGAGCUGGUCCUAGCGCUGGAGUACCUGCACAGCAUCGGGAUCGUGUACCGGGACCUGAAGCCGGAGAACGUGAUGAUCCAGGACAGCGGCCACAUCAUGCUCGUCGACUUCGACCUCUCCACGCGGCUCCCCAUCGCGCCGCCGGAGCCGGAACCCUCCGCCGCCCCCAAACCGUCACCCAUCCCCACCACCCCGUCGCUCACCCGCAAGAGGUCCCCCGCCGCCAUGUGCUUCCGGUUCCGCUCGGCCAGCACCAGCGCCAAAACCAAAACCAAAACCAACCCGGCCGCGCCGACGGACUCGCCGCCGUCGCCGCCGUCGACCUCGCGGACGGCCUCCACCUCCUCAUCAACCUCCUCCACGACCUCCUCCUCCACGACCACCACCGCCUCGCGCACCCCCGCGGCCAAGUCCAACUCCUUCGUCGGCACGGAGGACUACGUGGCCCCGGAGAUCAUCGCCGGCAGCGGCCACGACUUCAUCGUCGACUGGUGGGGGCUCGGCGUGGUGCUCUACGAGAUGCUCUACGGCCGCACGCCCUUCCGGGGCCAGAACCGCAAGGAGACCUUCUACCGCGUGCUCACCAAGCAGCCGGAGCUCGUCGGCGAGAAGACGGACCUGCGGGACCUCAUCGCGCGCCUCCUCGAGAAGGACCCGGCCAAGCGCAUCGGCGCGCGCGGGAUCAAGGCACACGCCUUCUUCCGCGGCGUCGACUGGGACCGCAUCCUCCGCGUCGCCCGCCCGCCCUACAUCCCCGACCCGGCGUCCCGUGACGACGAGGGGGAGGACGGCGAGGUGCUCGACGUCGAGAAGGUCGUGCGCGAGACGUUCGCGGCCAAGGACGGCGAGGCCGCCGCGGCGGCGGUUGAUGACGAGAAGAAGGCUUCCCCUGACGUGGGCGUCACGGGCGGCGACGGUGAGCGGAGGGUGGAUCCGUCAAAAGAUGGCGAUUUCUCCGUGUUUUUCUGAGCUGUUGAUAUUUCUCUCUACUACUACAGUAGCAUUUUCUUAGGCAAUUUUAAUUAUUUGUUAAUAUAUUUAUCCUCGUAGAAAAUUCUAUAGUAUUAGUAGACGGAUGAGUACAUAAUUAAUGACGUGCUCAUGUGUUCUUUGCUGGAUACUUUGCCCCGUGAUCAGGGGAUUAUCCAAGCAAGUAUAUGAACCGUAAUAAUGAAUGAAUAAUGAACGGUCAAACGGUAUAUUGGCUA